UCGCUGUGAUGUAAUACACACAGAAUUGAUUUGAUGUUUUCCACGGUGCUGUGGCGAACCUGGGCUUUGGCAGGGAUGUGACGCUGAUCGUUUUCACGGCUUUCGGGACGUUGACGCGGCACAGCCUCGCUGAACUUGCUCGGCUUCCUGCGAUGCUGCUGUCCCCAGCCGGCCAGCCGACUCGAUGAUGCUCUGUUCGUGGUGCUGAAGUUCCCUGCGCUCUCUUUCUCUCUCCCUCUCUGUCUCCGUCUCUUGUCUCCCCCCCUCUCUCUCUCGCUCUUUUCUCUCUCCUACGCUCCCCACACAUCCACACGAACACUCUGUCAUGGCGUCUUCCAACAAUGUUACCCCUACUAACUGUAGCUGGUGGCCAAUUUCAGCCAUAGACGAAGACGGCAAGAUCGCGGAUGGUGAGGAAAGUCAGGAAGCAGCGUUAGACUGCAAGCCCACCUCGAAAAACAGGCUCGUUUUGUACCACUGGACGCAGUCUUUCAACUCGCAAAAGGUGCGUCUGGUGAUCAACGAGAAGGGCUUGUUGUGUGACGAGCGCGACGUGAGCCUGCCCCUGACCGAGCACAAGGAGCCCUGGUUCAUGCGGCUCAACCUGGGCGAGGAGGUGCCCGUCUUGAUCCACGGCGACACCAUUGUCAGUGACUACAACCAGAUUAUUGAUUACUUAGAGAAAAACUUUGUGGGAGAGAACGUCCCCCAGCUGAUCCCCGAGCCUGGAUCUCCUCUCAAUGCCCGAGUCUUGCAGUACCGCGAGCUCCUGGACACACUGCCCAUGGACGCUUACACGCACGGCUGCAUCCUGCACCCAGAGCUGACCACCGACUCCAUGAUCCCAAAGUACGCCACUGCUGAAAUACGUCGACACCUGGCCAACGCUGCCUCAGAACUGAUGAAGCUGGACCACGAGGAGCCUCAGUUGACAGAGCCAUAUCUAUCCAAGCAAAAAAAACUCAUGGCUAAGAUUCUUGACCAUGACAACGUGAACUACCUGAAGAAAAUCCUCAGUGAGCUCGCCAUGGUGCUUGAUCAAGUAGAAGCCGAACUGGAGAAGAGGAAACUAGAAUAUCAAGGUCAAAAGUGUGAGCUGUGGCUCUGUGGGCCACAUUUUACCCUCGCCGAUAUCUCACUGGGUUCCACACUGCACCGCCUCAAAUUCCUGGGACUUUCAAAGAAAUACUGGGAGGAUGGGAGCCGGCCCAAUCUCCAGUCUUUCUUUGAGCGCGUGCAGAAACGCUACGCUUUCCGCAAGGUCCUGGGAGACAUCCACACCACCCUGCUGUCGGCCGUGCUGCCCAACGCUUUCCGAAUGGUGAAGAGAAAGCCCCCUUCCUUCUUCGGGGCUUCCUUCCUCAUGGGCUCCCUGGGCGGAAUGGGAUAUUUUGCCUAUUGGUAUUUAAAAAAGAAAUACAUGUAGUAAACGCUUCCUGUUGUGUUUAGAGUCUGUGUACUUGUGUGACGUCUCAAGCCUAAUAACUGUAACGAUGUCUGGCGACGGCGACAAAAAAUAAAAAAAACGUAAA